ACACACACACACACACACACACACACUCCCUCCUCAGAUAUCUGUUUCUCCUCUGCUGUCGCUCUGACACACACACACAGAGGGAGGUAGAUAACUCUGUGAUUCCACUGCUGAAUUUUUAACGCUGUUGUGGAACUUUUUUUUCCAGGCGGGUUACUGUGGCACCAGGGUACUGUUACACAGAGAGAGACAGGGUUCAGUUCAGUUCUGUUGUUUACUGAGGCUGGACGGAGACGGACUGUUGAUGGGGUGCACGGCCCAUCCUGAUGCUGUUACCGUAGCAACAUGACCCUCAACACCCAGAGAGAGAAGGAGCCCCUGCGGCGGCGAGGUAGCACACCUAUUCCUCCUGCCCACUUCUACCAGCACCCGUCCUGGACCCGGGACCCCCAGCUCCCGGGCAGCACUGAAACCCCCAAUCCAGACAGGCCCCGUCCCCAACGGACCCACCCUCCUCUCGGACAGUCAGCAUCCUACCACCCGGGGGACAAGUCCCUCCACUACCGCGCGCACUGGAGUUCAGACUCGGAUGAUGACUCACAGAGUGACUCGGACUGUGUUUACAGAGUUGUGUUGCUAGGCGACCACGGGGUUGGAAAGACCAGCCUCGCAGGAAUCUUUGCCGGGAUCACAGAGAAAGAUGAACAACCUGGAGAGGACACAUACGAGCGGACACUGACAGUAGACGGAGAGGAAACCACACUCAUUGUCAUGGACACCUGGGAGAAUGACAAACCGGAGGGGGAGGAUGGCUCCUCCCAGGAAGACUGUCUGAAAGUGGGGAGUGCCUAUGUCAUCGUCUAUUCUGUCACCGACCGCUCCACCUUCGACUCUGCCUCUGAGCUCCGCAUCACACUGCGACGCACCCGCCAAGCUGAAAACAUUCCCAUCAUCCUUGUGGGCAACAAGAGUGACCUGGUAAGGUCCAGAGAAGUCGCUGUGGAAGAGGGCCGAGCAUGUGCUGUGGUAUUUGACUGUAAGUUCAUAGAGACAUCGGCGUCUUUGCAGCACAAUGUGGCCGAGCUGUUUGAGGGUGUGGUCCGACAGAUCCGUCUCCGUCAGGAUGGCAGCGAGGCCAUCCAGCGCAGACGCUCCAUCUACAAACGCAAAGAGAGCAUUACCCAGAAGGCUCGGCGAUUCCUGGACCGACUGGUGGCGCGCAAUAACCAGCGCAUGGCGGUCAAAGUGCGAUCCAAGAGCUGCCACGACCUGGCCGUCCUCUGAAGACACGGGUCCACCAGGAUCAUCAGGUUGGAUUUUUUUUUAGUCGUUGAAGUUCUCGCUAGUUGUGAUAUCGAGGACAAAAACAAUCAGCAGUGAGCAGAGGCAGUGGAUUUUAACAUUAUCACUGUGAUCAGUGUGUGACCAACUCGUUUUCCUGUUUGACCCUUUGGUCUCAACAUUUCUGUGACUUUUUCUCCAGAUGACAUAAAUAUAAAGAAACCAGACGACUGGGCAGAAUCAUCACUGUAGGGUUAAAGAUGAGAGGAUGAGUGUUCAGUGUGUGUAUGUGUGUGUGAACAGGUGACUCAUUCUCCAUGACUGAGGAUGUCCUGUAGUUUCCACUGUGUCCACUAUGGUGUUCUCCUGAAUUUCUACUGUUUUCAGUUCAACACUGUGCAGAAUAAAGUCUUAAAGGAACAA